AUGCCCAAUAUGAUGGUGUACUUCCACACUUCCCAGAGUCUCUACCAGACGCUUGGACUUCGGUGCCUCGGCGGCGUCACUUCCUACUUUAUGGACAAUAGUCAAGCACUCACGACUUCUUCCCCGCUCGCUGCUGGCUUCGGUUUCUUUCUCGGUCAUUUUCUGCGCUCGAGCACGCUCAACAAAGUGCACUCGGGAUCGCCGUACUGUUGUACGCUGGAGACAGGAACUGGAGAGGAGACGUUUAUUGGUCGCUGGAUCGGCGUGUUCUCUGGGUCGCUGUCGAGGGCAAUCUCUGCUUUUGAUGAACGAGAGUGCAGAAGGUCCUGCCGUCUGAGUGGAGGGACCAAGUGGACGCCUGCUGCGACUGUGACUUCGCUCGUCGCCCCUCUCGUCGUUGCUGCCCCCAUCAUCGCCGCCGCCACCGCCGCCUACGAGAAGUGCAACAUCGUUCUUUCCGCAUCGCACGCGUUCAAGUUGCUGUCCAAGCACCUGCACGUGUCGAGGACCGUCCUCAUGAUUGGCAAGGGAUCAUCGCAGCCUUUCUCGUCAUGCGGCCAACGUUGCGCACGGCGGCCUGUGGAGUCCGACAUGGGUGGCAACGACGCCGACCGGUCUGCUGUCUUUUCUUCCGUGUGA